AUGGCGCAAGGCUUCAAGCCCACCAAGGUCUCCAAGGCACCCAAGGCACGCAGCGGCAAGGCCACGCCCACCGGGCCCAAGCGCGGGCCAAAGGUCAUCCCGCCGAAGAAGACGGCGGCCGUCAAGCAUGCGGGCCAUGUGCGGAAGCAAACGGCCUCGCUCACUUCGCGCAUCGAGACGGAAAUGGCAGGGCGCGCGUCGCGCGGCGGACCGUUGACGAUCAUGAAGGGCGCCGCCGAUGGCGCGGCAAAGGAG